UAUAUGUAAGCGGAACAACCACACGCAGCUCCAGUCAUUGGUUUACUUUCCUGAGAGGGCGCAUCUACCAGGUGCGUUAGCUGACUCGCGUAAACAUUAGUAAUAAGGCUCCAAGAUGGCGAAUCCCGAAGCGCCGAUCUUCAGACAACUGUUUGAGAGCGAGAGUUCCACCUACACUUACCUGCUAGCAGACAAAAACACUAAAGAGGCAGUCAUCAUUGAUCCCGUGAAGGAGACCCUCGACAGAGAUGUGAAGUUUGUGAAGGAGCUGGGGCUCAAUCUAAAAAUUGCAGUUAAUACCCACUGCCAUGCAGACCACGUAACCGGCACUGGGUUGAUGAAGAAACAGAUCCAGGGACUGAAGAGCGCCAUUUCUAAACACAGCGGUGCCUCAGCAGAUAUUCAGCUGUCAGAGGGGGACAACAUCACCUUCGGAAAACAUUGUCUGAUAGUGAGAGAAACACCAGGACACACUGAUGGGUGUAUAACCCUGGUAUUGGGGGACAAGAGCAUGGCUUUCACUGGGGACGCUCUGCUCAUCAGAGGCUGUGGAAGAACAGACUUUCAGCAGGGUUCUGCUGAAAGGCUUUACAAGUCAAUCCACGAGGUCGUCUUCAAGCUGCCUGAAGAUUGCCUCCUCUACCCAGCACAUGACUACAAAGGUCAGACAGUUACUACAGUUGGUGAGGAACGCAAGUACAAUCCCCGCCUAACCAAGAAUUUGGAGGAGUUUGUGAAAAUCAUGGACAACCUGAAUCUCCCUAAGCCAAAGAAAAUUGAUAUUGCAGUGCCUGCAAACCUGCUUUGUGGAUUGCAAGACUAGUAAGGGUCGAGCAGAACGGAGCACUAUGAGUCCACUAAAGUGACCCAUAGUUGUUGUUUUACCAAAACUAUACUUUGUUUCAUUUAGUCUCAAUUUUAUUUGUUUGAGAAGCUGUUGUUUUUAGAUGUGCAGCUAUUAAUUUUUUUUUUUUUUAUUGUCUAAGGAAAAAAAUAAUGAAAUUCACUUUUUAAAUGUAAAACGAUUCUGUAUAAUUGUGUGUGUGUGGAAUACUAUCACUGUAUGUCUAAAAUUUAAAUUUUAAAUGUUCUCUACAUUGUUCAGUGGUGCUGUGUUUUAGAACAAUACAGGAUGUUUCUCUGAUAGAAAAUCGAACCAUUCAUGACAGUGGUGUCCGAUACCGAUACUAGUAUCAGGUCUGAUACCUGAUACUAGUAUGCUGAAUCGGCACAUGGAAUCGGCAAGCACCUAAACUCAAGUACUUGUACUUGGUAUGGAAAAACUGGUAUCAGGACACCCCUAAUUCAUUAAAGGUUUGGUUUAACAAUUAUGUUUUCCCACUUCAACUGACUUCUUUCACAAGGCCUUUGCAGAGAUUCUGUACUCCCUUAGCCUACCACACAUCCACAAUAUGCAGACUGUUAAUAGCCAGGGUGUUUUUGCAUAGCAGGAAAACAAAUCUGCACCAUUUGCAUUCACAAUCUAUAAGGAACUUGUUUUUAUUUGAGAGUAUGCCACAGCAAUGCAUGUUUUCUUUUUAAAGUCUAUGGCAGAAAGCUACAAUCUACUUUUGUAUAGAAAGACGUAGCAGUUAAAUGUACUUGUACAUUGUUCCUCUACACUUGUCAGCUAUAAGCUGACCCAGUGCCUUUUUAAUUACAAAGGAAUUGGUAGACCUUUUAGCACUUGUUUAUCUGAUUGUUGUUUAAAGGUGCCUUAUGAAUAAACUGCACUGAACUGAAUCAUAAAAUUCAUCUUGAUGUUC